UCGCCGUGUCCUCUUCUUCUCUGAGACGUCCGUACACUGGGCGCUUCUUGUUAUCUCUUGAGGCUAUCAACAAUGGGGCAAAAAGUGUCAUUUUGGAGAGAUGGCGAGCGCCCAAACCCCAAAGCAGGGCCAUCCGCAUGCGAUGUGGACAGCAAAGGACCUUCACCGUUUCGCGGAAGCAAGGAGAUUGGCAGGACUAUGAAUAUCACCGGGGGAACGUUUAACUUCUAUGGCGAUUCAAACCUUGGCGAUAUAGGAUCCAAUAGUGGCAUCCAUUCCAACUCCAUUGGCGAAGGACGUCGUGGAAAUGGACCUGCCUUGAACACGCGCAGUCAUGGUGGACGCCGGGAUCAGCGUCUGCUUAAUCGACUGGCCCACAAAGUUAACUUCCGGGCUAUCCAACAGGACGUCAGAAAGAAAUGGACGCCGGGAACGGGGGCGUGGUUCCUCCGCAGCCGUCUGUACGAAGAAUGGAAGGGAAGUAGAAGCGGCGUGCUUUGGGGAACUGGAAUUCCCGGUGCUGGAAAGACACUCCUUGCGUCAAACGUGGCCAAUGAUCUCCUACAGCUAGAGGAGGAAGCGAAUGGGAGGAUCGCCGUCAUCGUCAUAUAUUGUCGAUACACCGAGUCUUUAUCUGUCAAAGAGAUUCUAGAAGCAGCCCUCAAGCAAUACCUAGAACGUCACCCGUUCCUCAUCAACAUCAUCGAACCUCUCUACGCGCGACACGACCGCGAGAAGACAGCACCUACAGAGGAGGAGCUCAUCGAUUUGCUGCAUUUGAUCGAGUCGCAGUUCGAUAGAUGCUACUACGUGGUUGAUGGGGUUGAUGAAGCCGACGUCACCACCCAAUUCGACCUCAUCGACACUGUCAACCGAUUGCAAGGAAACUUUUUCCUGUGCUCCCGCCCACUGGAUUCCCUGAGCUCGGAACUCGUUGGCUCAGUCUUCUUUGAAGUCAGCGCCCAGAUGGAGGAUCUUGAACUUCUUGUCUGCGAAAAGCUGAAGCGGAACUCCGUUCUCAGUCAUCUCGCCAAAGACCACGAGUUUUUACGACGACUGGUCAAGCAGAUCUCGGACAAGGCUGAGGGGAUGUUCCUCCAUGCGGCUCUUCAGAGUGAUCUUAUUCCCCAGUGCCUCACGAUCGAGAAUCUACACGAGAGACUGGAUCGUUUUCCUGCUGGGCUGGAGGGUAUGUACCGCGUCGCCCUCGAGCGCAUCGAGCUCCAACCACCCGAGGCCGUCAAGCUUGCAAGGCAUGUUCUCCUCUGGCUAGUGUAUGGCCAAGAAGCCCUGUCCGUAUCCGAUCUCCGACAUGCAGUGUCUGCUUCAGGUGGCAUUUCCCUCGGCGAGGAGACAGAGAUGGAGAGUUUCAGAUCGGCGCUAUCGUCCCUGUUCUGCGGGUUAGUCACCGUAGACACGGCGACUAAUCUGGUUCGCCUUGUUCAUUUCACUGCCAAGGAUGCAUUAGCUCCACUGCUACUUCGACACUUCCCUAAUCCGCAUCACGCAAUCUUCAAAGUGGCUUCGGAAAGAUUAACCACGUCCAACACCACGAACGCAGCCGACUUGCACACUCAGCGGGACCUCGACAAGUUUCUGGCCAAAAGUCCUCUGCUCCGCUACUCAUACGAUCAUUGGGCCUACCAUGCACGUCAAUGCGCAUUAGAACCCAGGACAUCCGACGUGGUCCUGUCGUUUUUGCGACAGUGUACACGUUACCCUUGCAAUCUCGACCCGGACGAGCCGCAUUCUGACGACGAGUUGGACUACUUGCUCCCCAUCCAUGUUCUCGCGCGCUACGGCAUCCCACUUCUCGACGCGCUCUCGGCUGUCGCAACUGUAGACCGUAACCAGACUACCGACGGAGAAUUUAGUACGACGCCCCUUAUACUAGCCGCUACCCAUGGGCACCUCGACGUUCUAAACCAAUUGCUCGGCUUCAAGCGUAGAAAGUUGGUCGGUACAUUCAUCCGUGGCCGGUCAAAGUCGGGCAUUCGCCUUUUCAAGACUGUCGAUGUCAAUGCGCAAGACAAGCAAAAGAGAACGGCGCUGAUGUAUGCUGCGCACAUGGGGCAGGUCGAGGUUGUCCGGCGGUUACUCCAAGUGAAGGGGAUCAAAGUCGGUUUGACGGACGAGGAUGGGAUGACAGCUGUGAUGCAUGCGCUACAGCAGGGGUUCGAAGACAUCGUUCAGCUUCUUCUGGAGUUCGAGGGGAUCGACGUGAACCAGGAGGAUGAAGACGGCUGGACGGCACUGAUGUAUGCCGCGGAGUGGGGACGUGAACGUUCGGUUCGACUUUUGCUGCAGGCCAAAGGCAUUCACGACAUCAACUACGCGGCAGACGAUGGUUGUACAACGCUGAUGUGUGCCGCUUCUGGUGGAAAUGAAGCCGUCUUCCACCUCCUGUUAGGCGUGAAAGGAAUCCACGACGUGAACAAGGCGGACAACGAGGGAGAGACGGUUCUGAUGUAUGCGGCAAGUGGGGGGAGCGAAGCCAUAUUCCGGUACUUGCUUCAAGUUGAAGGAAUCCACGAUCUUGACCAGGUGGACGCCAACGGGAUGACAGUCUUGAUGCAUGCGUCGGCUGGCGGGAGCGAAGCCAUUGUCGAGCAUUUGCUCCAGACGAACAAGAUUCACGACGUCAACCACGCCGAUAACAGGGGACGCACGGCGCUGAUGCAUGCGUCGUUUGAAGCGAACGAAGGAGCUGUCAAGCUUCUGCUCCAGGCUGAAGGGAUCCAUGGCCCCAAUCUCACCGAUAACGAGGGCCAGACUGCGUUGAUGCUUUCAGUGGGCAGCGCCUUGGUGGUACCGAGCGAGGCGGUCGUCCGCCAGCUACUUGCCGUUGAGGGCCUCGACGUCGCUCAAGCGGACAACAACGGGAAGACGGCACUCAUCCACGCGGCGGAGGGAGGUCGAGAGACGAUUGUCCGAAUGCUAGUUGAGGCGGGAGGUCCUGAAACUGUGAACGUGGCGGAUAACAGUGGUCGGACGGUGCUGAUGUACGCGGCCGAAGCGGGACACGAGGACAUGGUUCACUACCUGCUCGGGUUGGAAGGGAUCCACGAUGUCAACCAGACGGAUAAGGAUGGUCAGACUGCGUUGAUGAUGGCCGCUUCAGGCUUCGGUGCAGCUGUUAUCCCGCUUCUGCUUCAAGCCAAGGGUGUGCAGCCUCAUUUGACGGAUAAGGAUGGACGGACGGCAUUGAUGAUCGCUGCGGAUUGGGCGUACGACGCUGCGGUUGGAUUGUUGCUUCAGAUGGAAGGGGUCGAUAUCAACCAACAGGACAACGAGGGGUAUACGGCGUUGAUGCUCGCGGCGGGAGCGUCGGCGGAGGUUGGGAACCCUUUGGCUGUGGUGAAACGGCUCCUUCGUGUUCCGGGAAUACGUGUUGACCUUGUCGAUUCGGAUGGGGCGACUGCAAUGCAGCAUGCGAUGGAGGAGGGGAAUGGUGAUGUGGUCAAGGCUCUGGCGAAGGGUAAUUUGAUCGCGCCGCUUGGUGCCAUGGUGCGACAGCUGGUGGCUCCGUAUUUUGAAUCGACCUCUGAUUCAGAUUUGGAUUCUGAGUCUGAGUCUUGUUCUGAAUAG